AUGAGUCCUUUAUCUUCAAGAUUGGCGGGAUUAUUAUCCAAGAGAACCUUCUCCACCACACAGUCUACACUUGCAGACUUCUCUCAUGUGGUAAUUGGUGGAGGAGUAGUGGGAACUGCCAUUGCUGCAGAGCUUCUGGCCAAAUCUGGCAACAAUGUUGCAUUGAUUGAACAACACGAAAUGCUAGGAAUGGAAACUACCAGCCGCAACUCCGAGGUUAUCCAUGCUGGUCUCUACUAUCCAUCGGACACUUUGAAAGCUCGUCUCUGUUUGAGAGGAAAAGAAUUGAUUUACGAAAGAUUGGACCCAAAAAUCGUUCCAUACUCCAAAUGUGGAAAAUGGGUGGUUGCCCAGUCGGAGAGCGAGGAAGAGUACUUGGAUAAGCUUCACAAGAACGCCUCCUCGAUGGGUGUUCCAGUCUCGCUUGUUUCUGCCAAAGAGGCAAGAAAUACAUUUCCUUUGAUUCGGGCUGAGCACGGUGCACUUGACUCUCCUACUACGGGUAUCAUUUCUGCACACGAUUUGACUGUGUAUCAUCAGGCGAACUUGGAGAACAAUGGAGGCACAAUUGCCAUAAAUACUAAGGUGGAUGAUAUCGAGUACGAGUCGCUGACUCCACAGUAUAGAAUCUUCUGUACUGAACAAGGGUCCAAGGAAAAGUUCGAAAUCACGGCCGACAAUAUAGUAAAUUCUGGAGGACUUUUCGCCCAACAGAUUUCCAAUAUGGUACUUCCAUUCGAGAGACACUUCAAGAGCUACUUUGCUAAGGGCAGUUACUUCUCGUAUACUCCACUGGUUCCUGUUGCUACCAGUAAAAUCACUACAAAGUUGAUCUACCCUUGCCCCAAUCCAAAUUCUUCAAGUUUGGGUACUCACCUAACCUUUGACUUGGGUGGCCAACUUCGGUUUGGUCCAGAUCUUGAGUGGGUAGAUGAGUCCGUUCAAGACGCUGCAGAACUCAACUACGAUGUCAGCACGAAGAACUUGGAACUCGCAGAAGUUGCUAUCAAGACUUACUUCCCUAGCAUUAAAACUGAAGAUCUUCUGCCAUCAUAUCUGGGAGUCAGACCUAAGUUGGUAUCACGCGACCAAAACUAUAAAGAGUUCGCCGACUUUUACAUCAAAGAGGAAGAAGGUUUCAAGGGAUUCGUCAACUUGGUUGGCAUUGAGAGUCCUGGCUUGACAUCAUCCAUGGCAAUAGGUGAAUACGUUGCCGGUUUAUAUUAG